CCCCUCUCCCCGUGAAGUCGUUUUGAAUCUCUGGACUUUACUUUUUUUUUUUCUUUUACUGUUCUCUGUUUUUCAACGGAACACUAGAAUACCUAACCAUAUCAUGGCCGCUGCGUCCUGAGGGGGAGAUGGAUUUAGAGGGGAAGGAUGUGAACAUUUCCAACUGCUCGCGGAAUGAGAGCGACUGCGAGCUGAGCGCCUCACCUACCCGAGUGUCCACUGCGCUGGCCAGCGUGCUGAUCUUCACCAUAGUGGUAGACAUUCUGGGCAACGUCCUCGUCAUCUUGUCCGUGUACAGGAACAAAAAGCUCAGGAACGCAGGCAACAUCUUUGUGGUGAGCUUGUCAGUAGCAGACCUGGUCGUGGCUCUGUACCCAUACCCUUUGGUCCUGACGGCCAUUUUCCACAAUGACUGGACCAUGGGUGAUCUGCAUUGCCAGGCCAGCGGCUUCGUCAUGGGCCUCAGUGUCAUCGGCUCUAUUUUCAAUAUCACCGCCAUCGCCAUUAACCGCUACUGCUACAUCUGCCACAGCCUCCACUACGACCGUCUGUACAGCCUACGGAACACCUGCUGCUACCUGGGCCUCACCUGGCUGCUCACAGCCAUCGCCACGGUACCCAACUUCUUUGUUGGCUCCUUGCAGUAUGAUCCCCGCAUCUACUCCUGCACCUUCGCACAGACCGUCAGCACAUACUACACAAUCUCAGUGGUGAUUAUUCACUUUCUCAUCCCACUGCUGAUUGUGUCCUACUGCUACAUGAGGAUAUGGGUCCUCGUGAUACAAGUCAAACAUCGGGUCAAACCGGAGCAAAGGACCAGACUGAAACCCAGCGAUGUGAGGAACUUUCUGACUAUGUUUAUGGUGUUUGUGUUAUUCGCUGUGUGCUGGGCUCCACUGAACCUCAUAGGACUGGCUGUGGCCAUAAACCCCGGGAAAGUUGCACCCAGCAUACCCGAGUGGCUCUUUGUCACAAGCUACUUUAUGGCAUACUUCAACAGCUGCCUCAAUGCCAUCAUUUAUGGAUUGCUAAACCAAAAUUUCCGCAAGGAGUACAAGACAAUUCUCCUGGCUUUUUGUAUCCCACGUUUGCUCCUCAUGGAGACCUCCAGGUGUGCCACAGAGGGACUGAAGAGUAAGCCUUCACCUGCUAUAACGAACAAUAAUGUAGCAGAGAUAAAUGUAUGAUUAGAAAUUUAAAUGGGCAAGUGGAUGUGCCAUGGUUCAUACUGGUGCCUUUUCAAGAUGUGCAUCAUUUUCCUGUUGUAAGGAUGUGAGAAGACAUUGCAGCCAUCAUGUUCUCUUUCAGCCAGUCUGGCAAUGUCGUUCCGGUUUAUGUAGCUCAAAAUUAGAAUGUGAUAAAAGGUUCUUUGUUCCCCAGUUUCACAUUUAUUUCACUGAUGCGCCCCUGGUCGUAUAUUCCACACUCAAAGACUUAGGGGACCUGAGCUUGUUAGCCCAAAAUUGGGAUAUAGGAGGUCACUGACUAACCAACUAAAUGACCAACUGACCAUCUAAAUGGUAAACAAGAAAGAAAAAGAGGUCCCAAGAUAACAACAACCCGAAGACAUUUACUUGGAUGGUAUCAGAUAGCUGUAAAAGCGAUUUCCCCAAAAUAUUUUCUUUGGACAGUUCAUACGAACUGUACAGCCUUUUUCUUGAUUUCAAGACUAUAUCAUAGAACCCCGUCCCUGCAUGUGUACAUCAUGUGUAAGUGAAUGAUUCACCACCAUUUGCACCAAUCAACUAUGAGUGCGUCAGCAACCUGCU